CUUCCGCCGGGUCUUUGCCUAUUCACUUCCGGUUUGUCGUCAGUGUGCUUUUUAGGUGACAGGAGCUCUACAACGCAGACAUGCCACUUGCAAAGGAUCUGUUACACCCGAGCUCUGAGGAGGAGAAGAGGUGUCACAAGAAAAAACGCCUCGUUCAGAGUCCUAACUCCUACUUUAUGGAUGUCAAAUGUCCAGGUUGCUACAAGAUCACCACAGUGUUCAGUCACGCUCAGACUGUAGUGCUGUGUGUCGGCUGCUCCACAGUGCUCUGCCAGCCUACAGGAGGGAAAGCUCGCCUUACAGAAGGAUGCUCAUUCAGGAAAAAACAGCACUAGUUGGCCCUGAUGUGGUUGGACUCAGUUUAGGAGGAGAAUGAUCAGCGCUUGAUGGACAUCAGGCAACACUGCCAUGGAGCUGAUGCAGCAUUGAGGAAAUGGAGAGCGGGCAAACAAAUCAUGUAAUUUAAGAAGUCUCUCUACUUGAUAUGCACAAAGGCAUUGUUGAAACCCGACCAACAUCACAUCCAAUAAUUCCUCUACUCUUAAUAAACUUAGGUUGUUUUUUGGUAAAAAUAAUCUUGCAUGUGUGUCAUCUAGUUUGUUCUUUUUACCUGCUGAAGGUUCUUAGAUGUCAUUUAUCAGCUCAGGACCCCUUAAAGAUGUGAAGCUAAUGGUCAGGGCAUUUGAAGACCGUUUCAUCAAUUUAAACAGAUGAGUGGCCUCAACAGUUUUCUGUGGCGAGCUGUUUGCAUUUGUUGCAUUACACCCUCAAUGAUUUAAGGGUACACCUUUUAGAAGGAGUUGAGGUUGUACAAUUAACUACAGAUAAUGUUCACAUUACGCCAAGCAAGUCAACAUUUUUAUUUAAAGCGUGAUUGGGGUUAUCAGUGCCUGUUGUGAAGCCAGAGGUGGUUGAGAGCCCACUGACUUUGAAUGAGGGUUUACUCAGGGAUAGAUAUAGCUGGCUCUGCUUCUGUUUCCUGAUGCUUGUAAACCACAAACCCAGUGAUGUGAAUGAUUAUGGUUGUGAAUUUACAUGUGCUUGCAAGCUUCCUGUGAACAUGAUCAUGUGGGAAGGAUUCUUGUGAAGUUGCAAAACAAUCACACUAGCUCUGUUUGAGAUGAAUCAGCUAAAAUAAUUUGUGUCCCUAUGCUUUAGUUGAGGCUUAUGGGUCCUUUGCACAGUCUGUAUACUAAAUAAAGAAAUUGCUUAUUGAACAAAAGCAGGGAAUUAUAGCUUUCUUUUUACUAUGGUGACAUUUUUGUCCUGUGCUUGUAUAUCAGACACGACUUACAAAUAAAAUGAUAAAUUAAUUA